AUGGUAUUCAAUGUACUGAUAGCAUCGUCUGUGAUCAAAACGGCCACCGUCGUUGGUUCUAGUCUGUGGCUCAUCCCAUUUCUUCUGGGAGCCAUCUCCUACUAUCGCUAUGAUCGCGUCGAUCCGGAGUCGCGCGUCAUCAACCAGGAAGCGCUACUGCCGGAGUAUGAUUUCGUCGUCGUGGGCGGUGGUUCUGCCGGCGCCGUCGUGGCAAACCGGCUAACGGAAAUUCACCGUUGGAAGGUGCUGCUGCUGGAGGCCGGACCGGAUGAGAACGAAAUUUCGGAUGUGCCGUCGUUGGCGGCGUACCUGCAGCUCAGCAAGCUCGACUGGGCGUACAAGACGGAACCGACGAACAAGGCCUGCCUGGGCAUGGUGAACAAUCGCUGCAACUGGCCACGGGGCAAGGUACUAGGCGGUUCAUCGGUGCUUAACUUCAUGAUCUACGUGCGCGGCAAUCGGAAUGACUUCAACCAGUGGGAGUCGCUCGGUAAUCCCGGCUGGGCGUAUGACGAUGUGCUGCAGUUCUUUGUAAAAUCCGAAGACAACCGUAACCCGUAUCUGGCCCGCAAUCCGUACCACGGACAGGGUGGAAUGUUAACCGUGCAGGAAGCUCCCUGGCAUACACCGCUGGUGGCCGCGUUUGUGGAAGCUGGCACGGAGAUCGGGUACGAGAAUCGUGACAUCAACGGUGAGCGGCAAACAGGCUUCAUGAUAGCGCAGGGCACAAUCCGCCGUGGUAGUCGCUGUUCGACCGCCAAAGCCUUCCUGCGGCCGAUUCGGUUGCGCAAGAAUCUGCACAUUGCAAUGAACGCGCACGUCACAAAGCUCGUCAUCGAUCCGGAAACAAAGCAUGCGGUCGGUGUAGAAUUCGUCCGUGGCGGCAAGCGCCACUAUGUGCGUGCCCGAAAGGAAAUCAUUAUGUCGGCAGGGUCGAUCAACACGCCACAGAUACUGAUGCUGUCCGGCGUUGGACCGCGGGCACAUCUGGAGGAUGUGGGCAUUACGGUUAUUCAAGAUUUGCCGGUGGGCGAAAAUCUGCAGGAUCACGUCGGCAUGGGAGGAUUAACGUUCCUGGUGGACAAACCCGUAGCGAUCCUGCAGAAUCGCCUCGAGGCGGGCUCGGUGACGAUGAACUACGUGAUUAACGAACGCGGCCCAAUGACCAUACUGGGCGGGCUGGAGGGCAUUGCGUUCGUUAACACGCCCUUCGCAAACGUCACUGAUGACUGGCCGGACGUACAGUUUCACAUGGCUCCGGCCUCACUGAACUCGGACGGUGGUGCCCGCGUCAAGAAGGUGCUCGGGCUGCGGGAGGACCUCUACAAAGAAGUAUUCCAUCCGAUCGAAGACACGUACAGCUGGACGAUUAUGCCGCUCCUGUUGCGACCACGGUCCCGUGGCUGGGUUCGCCUCAAGUCCAAGAAUCCAUUCCACUAUCCGCUCAUGAACCCGAACUACUUUGAGGAUCCGUACGAUGCGGCCACACUCGUCGAGGGUGCAAAAAUAGCAUUGCGCGUUGGUGAGGCCAAGGUGUUCAAGCAGUUUGGCAAUCGUCUCUACCGGAAACCGCUGCCGAACUGCAAGCACCACAAGUUCCUAUCGGACGAAUAUCUCGACUGCCAGGUGCGUACGAUAUCGAUGACCAUCUACCAUCCGGUCGGUACGACCAAGAUGGGACCACACUGGGACCCGGGCGCAGUAGUUGACCCGCGGUUGCGCGUGUACGGCAUAUCAGGGUUGAGGGUGAUCGACGCCGGCAUCAUGCCGACCAUCGUCAGCGGUAACACGAACGCGGCUGUUAUCAUGAUCGGGGAGAAGGGCGCUCACAUGAUCAAGGAAGAUUGGCUGGGGUGCGUGAAAAUGCUACCGAGACGAGCUGCUUGGUGGUGCAUAACAUUUGUCCUGGCCAGCUGGUGGCAAACGUCAACGGCUCAACCAGCAGGUAUUACGGCGCUACUGGAUUUUUUCCAUGCCGGUGAUGAACUUUUGAAGCUCGAAAAACCUAACCAACAAACGUUGCUUCCCGUGUACGAUUUCAUCAUCGUCGGUGGUGGAUCGGCCGGCUGUGUUCUGGCAAACCGAUUGACGGAGGUGCAACAGUGGUCGGUGUUGCUGAUCGAGGCAGGAUCGCACGAGAAUCUGCUGAUGGACAUUCCCAUGUUUGCUCACUACCUGCAGACAUACAGCACCGUCAACUGGGAUUACAGGACGAAGCCGAGUGAUCGAUACUGUUUGGCGUUUAAGAACAACCAGUGCCGGUUUCCGCGUGGCAAGGUGAUGGGUGGUUCAAGUGUGCUCAACUACAUGAUCUACACACGUGGUAAUCGGCGGGAUUACGAUGCGUGGGCAGAAAUGGGAAAUGCCGGAUGGUCCUACAGUGAUGUGUUGCCAUACUUCCAGAAACUUGAGAAGAACGUCGUUCCAGAUGUGCACCCCAUGUACGCUGGGCGAAAUGGUCCGGUGACGAUAUCCUAUCCCAACUACCGGUCCAGCGUGGCAAGGGCAUUCGUACAGGCAAACAUAGAAUCCGGCCUACCGUAUGUGGAUUACAACGGGCCCAGCCAGCUCGGCACCUCAUUCGCGCAAAGCACCACCAAGAACGGGCAGCGCGUUAGCACCAACAAUGCCUACCUUUACCCGAUACGAAAUCGAACAAAUUUGCAUAUCAUACGAAACGCUCAAGUCACAAAGAUUCUGCUCAACCACGACACGAAAAGGGCCACAGGUGUUCAAUAUUACGCUCACAAGCGCUACCAUACAGUUGAAGCCCGCCGGGAAGUGAUUCUGUCCGCCGGCACCAUUGCUUCGCCACAGCUUCUAAUGCUCUCGGGCAUUGGGCCCGUAAAGCAUCUGCGCCUGAAAGGUAUACAGCCCGCGGUUAAUCUCGCCGUCGGUUACAACCUCCAGGAUCACGUGGCGGCCGGUGCUCUUACGUUUCUUAUCAACCGCACUAUAACGCUUACCUCGCAGCGCAUCUUCACGCUGGAAAACUUUAUGGAGUACGAGCAGCGCCACACGGGGAUGAUGGCGUCGAUCGGGGCGUGCGAGGCACUCAGCUUCCACGACACCACGCUGCCGCCGAACCGUACCGCCGGCGAUGGUUGGCCCGAUCUGGAGCUGCUGAUGAUCGGUGGCACACAUGCAGCCGAUCGUAUCUACGAAAGCAACUUUAACUACAAGCCAGACACCUUUAACACGCUCUUCGGUGACAUCGAGCGACGCGGACUGGAGGGGUACACCGUAUUUCCAAUGAUUUUACGACCCCGCAGCAAGGGCCGUAUACGGCUAGCCAGUGCCGAUCCGUUCGUGUAUCCGAUCGUGCAACCGAACUACUUUGACGAUCCGUACGAUCUGGAGAUUUCGGUGCGUGGAAUCCGGAAAGCGAUUGAGCUGACGAAAACCGAAGCGCUGAAAGGCUACGGCACGCGCCUGCUUGAAAUUCCCAUCCCAGGGUGUGAGCAGUACCGAUUCGACACGGACGACUAUUGGAAGUGUUUUACGCGACACGCUACCUACACGAUCUAUCACCACGUGGGGACAUGCAAGAUGGGCCCAGCGAGCGAUAGACUAGCGGUGGUGGAUCCUCGGCUGCGAGUCCACGGCAUAAAGGGGCUGCGAGUGAUCGACGCUAGCAUUAUGCCGGAUGUUCCGGCGGGUCACACUAACGGACCAACGAUCAUGAUCGCGGAAAAGGGUGCCGACAUGAUAAAGCAGGAUUGGAAAAUGCUUGGCGGAAUAGGAAGCUUCGGUUCCUCCAGUGGUGCGUCAUCCAACAUGCAGUACGUACCACUCGCGGCCGGAAUUUUGGGCAUGGUGAGCUUCACCCGGCCCCAGGAUAGCCUGAUGUCGAUGCUCAGCUUCCUGCAGGAUGGCGGCGAGCGGAUGACCCACGAACUACCGAAUCAACGGGCGGUCCAGCCGGAGUACGAUUUCAUCGUGGUCGGUGCUGGUUCGGCCGGAAGUGUGCUGGCAAAUCGGCUCAGUGAAGUACCCGACUGGUCGGUACUGCUGAUCGAGGCUGGACCCGGCGAGAACCUGCUGAUGGACAUUCCGAUGGCGGCACACUAUCUGCAGAACUUUAACAUCAACUGGGACUAUCGGACGAAGCCGAGUGAUCAGUAUUGUUUGGCGUUUAAGAACAACCAGUGCCGGUUUCCGCGUGGCAAGGUGAUGGGUGGUUCCAGCGUGCUUAACUACAUGAUCUACACGCGGGGCAAUCGGCGCGACUUUGACCAUUGGGCGGAUAUGGGCAAUCCGGGCUGGGCGUACGAGGAUGUGCUGCCGUACUUCAAGAAGCUCGAGCACAGUGUCGUACCGGACGCAGAUCCUGCCUACGCGGGCAAGCAUGGUCCGCUGACGAUAUCCUAUCCGCGCUUCCGUUCCGAUACGGCGAAAGCGUUCGUGCAGGGUGCAAUCGAGGAUGGUGCAUCGUAUAUCGACUACAACGGGCCCACCCAGACCGGUGUCUCGUACAUCCAUAGUACUACGAAGGAUGGCAAGCGGGACAGUACGAAUGCGGCGUAUCUGUACGAUAUGCGCAACCGCUCGAACCUGCAGGUGAAGAAAACCAGCCAAGUGACUAAAAUUUUGUUCGACCGCAACACGAACCGAGCGACGGGCGUGCGCUUCUAUCAAGCGGGCCGCUUCUACACGGUACGCGCACGACGGGAAGUGAUCGUGUCCGCCGGUGCGAUUGGAUCGCCCCAUCUGCUGAUGCUGUCCGGGAUCGGACCAGCAGAUCAUCUGCGUGCGAACGGCAUUAAACCGGUGGCGGAUCUGCCGGUAGGGUUGAACUUCCAGGAUCAUACCGCUGCCGGUGGGAUUACCUUUUUGGUGAACGACACCACGACGCUCAAGCACAACAACGUCUUCCGGCUGGACAACUUCAUGAAGUACCAGUACGAAAAGCGUGGCCCGUUCACAUCGACCGGUGGCUGCGAGGCAAUCGCUUUUUACGAUUCCGAACACCCGAAAGAUCCCGACGGGUGGCCUGACUACGAGCUGCUGCACAUCGGCGGUACGAUCGGUGCUGACCCAACGUACGAGGUGAACUUCAACUACAAGCCGAAAACAUUCAACACACUGUUUGGGGAGAUCCAGCGCAAAAGCUACGAUGGAUACACGGUGUUUCCGAUGAUCAUGCGACCGCGCAGCAAGGGUCGGAUCUAUCUCAACGGUUCCAACCCGUUCCGACAUCCGAUCAUCGAACCGAACUACUUUGACGAUCCGUACGAUCUGGACAUCUCGGUACGCGCCAUCCGGAAGGCGAUCGAGCUGAGUCGUACGGCAGCGUUGCAGCGCUACAAUGCCCGGCUGGUAGAGAUACCGAUGCCGGGUUGUGAGCGCCAUCGGUUCAAUUCCGACGACUACUGGAAGUGUUUCUCGCGACAUGCCACCUUCACCAUCUACCAUCACGUCGGCACGUGCAAAAUGGGUCCCCGAAAGGACCCGAGCGCCGUCGUUGAUGCGCGGUUGCGCGUGCACGGUGUCAAAGGGUUGCGGGUGAUCGACGCCAGCAUAAUGCCGGAUGUACCGGCGGGCCAUACGAAUGCGCCCACGAUCAUGAUUGGCGAGAAGGGUGCCGACAUGAUCAAGGAAGACUGGAACGAGCUUACGUAGAAGCGGUACCCGGACGAAUGUUUGUCGGCAGGGUGAUUCUCGCCAGUAGUCAGAUAGUUAUAGAAAACAUUUUGAGCACGGAUAUGGCAUGUAAUUUAUUCAUUCCU